ACAGCCAGUUGCAGAGGGACUAAGGGUCAUGUUGGAUGUUCUCAGUCCAACAUAGAGGCUUCCCGCACCCUCCAUCGAGGAAACCAAGCCACCAGGAACUGCAGGCGCUGGACUUAGUCUUUCCAAAGCCCUUCUCUUAGCUUUCGUCUGUAAUGUCUAAUGGGCCCCUCCCCCGUGUGAGAUUAGUUGGAAGUGGACAGGAAAUUGAACACUGAACAAUUGCAGCCAAAUAACAUGCAUUGCCCGGAGCGGCAGCGAGCGCAGUGGACACACGCGGUACUGCAGGGGGUCAGCAGCUUUACGUUAGUGACAACAUUUUGAACUCGGAAGUGCUGCAGUGAAAAUGGCUGCGAAAGACCAGGUCGAGAGUUGGACCGAGGAGGUAGUUUGUCCCAUCUGCCAGGAUUUCUUCACCGAUCCGGUGGCGCUGAAGUGUGGGCACAACUUCUGCCGCUCCUGCAUCACACAGAGUUGGGACAGGGAGGGGAGAAACUCCUGCCCGGAAUGUAGAGAGGAAUCUACAGAGCGCACCCUCAGGGUGAAUCGGGCCUUGGUUAGACUGUCUGAGAAAGCUCGAACACUGAGCCUGAAUCUCAACGCGAAGAAAAGUAAACUUCAGUGCGAGGAACAUCAGGAAGAACUGAAGCUGUUUUGUGAAACUGACAAGAAACUGAUCUGUUUGAAUUGUGCAACUGCGGGGGAACACAAGUCUCACAGCUUAAUGUUGAUAGAAGAAGCAAUUGAAUUCUACAAGGAACAGGUGAAAUCUUCCUUCGAAUCUCUCACAGAAAAGGAAUCAGAGAUCCAGAAAAUGGAGCAGAAACAGAAAGAGAGUAUUUCUGGAGUUCAGGAAGAGUCACACAAACUUCAGUCACUGCUCACAUCCCAGUUUGCAGAGCUGCACCAGAUUCUCACUGAGAAAGAGCAGCGCUUACUCGGAGAUGUCCGGGAAGAAGAGGAGAAGAUUAUAAAAACUAUGGAGAAAAAUCUUCAAGAGAUACAAGAGAAUUUAAAUUCCAUUCAGAUGGAACUCUCAAAGUUACAGGAACAGGCAAACCACAAGGACGGUGUGAUAUUUCUGAAGGAGGAAGCUGGUCGUAAGAGCAGGGUUAGUGAUGAAACCAAAACAAUGUUGGUGGUAGAUGGCGCGUUGCCCACUGUAAACUAUGAUCGCACCUUUUUCUACAACAUGGCAUUGAGAGAAACAUCUGAUAUCAUCAAACGAGUCUCCGUCACCCUGGAUGUGGAAACAGCGGGUCCGCUGCUCGAGGUGUCUGAGGAUCGGAAGAGGGUGAGAUGUACCCGGACCGAGACCCGGAGGAGUCUUCCUGACACCGGGAAGACGUUUACAGACAGUACGUGUGUGCUAGGAUUGGAGGGAUUCGCAUCAGGGAGACAUUACUGGGAGGUGGAGGUGGCGGGGAGUGAGUGGUGGAGUCUGGGAGUCGCCGCAGAGUCUGUGGAGAGGAAGAGACGGGUCACACUGACCCCGGAGACUGGGGUCUGGAGCAUUGGGCGGUUGGAUGACGAGUUUGAUGCAGUCACCUCCCCUCCAUCCCGUCUCCCCGCCCGUCCCAUCCCCAGGAAGGUGGGAGUUUAUCUCAGUUAUGAGUCUGGGACUGUUUCAUUUUACGACGUGGACACCAAGUCCCAUCUCCACACCUUCACUGGGAAUAAAUUCACGGAGAAACUUUAUCCUUUCUUCGAGCCUUUGGGUGAAGACCUGUGGCUGAGAAUCUGCUCCGGUUCUGCUCCUGGGUGUGUAAAAGGGUCGGGUCCCGGGACCAGUGUCAGGAGCGGGGCUCAGGGGCAGAAACCCGGUGGACAACAGGUCGGCGCUGAACGGCUCCCAUUUAAUCCCCAAAUUCCGCGUCGUAAAACCCCAGUGAGUGCGGAAAUAAAACCAGGAGGAAUAGAGGAGUUUACAGACCGCACCCUCAGGGUGAACCGGCCCUUGGCGAGUCUGUCUGAGAGAGCUCGAACACUGAGCCUGAUUCGGACAGAAAAGGCAAGUAAGCUUCAGUGCGAGGAACAUCAGGAAGAACUGAAGCUGUUUUGUGAAACUGACAAGAAGCUGGUCUGUGUGAUGUGUGCAGCUGGGCGGGAACACAAGGCUCACAGCUUCACGCUGAUAGCAGAAGCUGCAGAAUUCUACAAGGAUCAGGUGAAAGCUUCCUUCCAGUCUCUCACAAAAAAGGAAUUGGGGAUCCAGCAAAUGGAGCAGCAACAGAAAAGGAAGAUUUCAGGAGUUCUGGAACAGUCACUCAACCUUCAGUCCAAGAUCACAUCCCAGUUUGCUGAACUGCACCAGAUUCUAACUGAGAAAGAGCAGCGCACACUGGCAGAUAUCAGAGAGGAAGAGAAGAAGAUCUUAAAUUCAAUGGAGAAAAAUCUGGGAGAGAUUCAAGAGAAUUUAAAAUCUAUUCAGGAGGAACUCUUAAAGUUGCAGCAACAGAUGGAUCAAAACGACAGUGUGGUGUUUCUGAAGGAGGAAGCUGGUCGCAAGCGAAAGGUUUGUGAUGAAGCCAAACUACUGUCGGUGGUAGAUGAUGCCUUGCAGAUUGAAAAGUUUCAUUGCCCUGUUUUCUUGAACACGACAUUCAAGCAAGUCUCCGUCACCCUGGAUGUGGAAACAGCGCAUCCGUGGCUUGAGGUGUCCGAGGAUCGGAAGAGGGUGAGAUGGAUCCGGAUCCGGAGGAGUCUCCCUGAUACUGCGAAGAGGUUUACAGGCAGUCUGUGUGUGCUGGGAUCAGAGGGAUUCACAUCGGGGAGACAUUACUGGGAGGUGGAGGUGGCGGGGAGUCGGGGCUGGAGGCUGGGACUCGCCGCAGAGUCUGUGGAGAGGAAGAGUCUGGUCACACUGACCCCAGAGACUGGAGUCUGGAGCCUCGGGCUGUGGGGUGACGGGAUUGAUGCACUCACCUCCCCUCCAUCCCGUCUCCCCGCCCGUUCCAUCCCCGGGAGGGUGGGAAUUUAUCUCAGUUACGAGUCCGGGACAGUUUCAUUUUAUGACGUGGACACCAAGUCCCAUCUCCACACCUUCACUGAGAAUAAAUUCACGGAGAAGCUUUAUCCUUUCUUAUGGCCUUGUGAUGGAAACUGGCUGAGAAUGUGCUCCGGUUCUGCUCCGGGUGUGUAAACGGGUCGGGUCUCGGGAUCGGCAUUAGGUGAGAAUAUCCUGAUCAUUUACUUAAUAAAAUAUUUUACAGUACAAGAUUAUGUUGACUUUUUGGGUUCUGAAUAAACUUAAGUUUGCAAUUCUAUACUAUACUAGAAGAGUUGUGGUAAUCAGGAAGC